AAUCAUUACGCUAGUUCAUCAAUCAUAGCAUCCCAAGAAAAACCCCUCCACUACCAAUUCAUCUAGAAAAUCAAAAAGCCAAAUUCCAUGGAAGAAAAAGUGAAAAACAAGAGCAAGAAGCAAAAAAAAUUGCACCCAAAUGAUCAAAAUUCCAAAAUUGCAUCUGAUUUUGCAUUUAAGCCUUGUCCGGAAGUGAAGGGACUCAGAUUUGGCGGCCAAUUCAUUGUAAAGUCCUUCACAAUUCGGCGCGCAAGGCCGUUAGAACUCCUCCGCCUCCUCUCUCUUCCGCCGCCAACCACCGCUCACCACCAGGAAAAAACAACCAAUUGGAAGCCGCCUUUCCCUUCAACCACCGCUUUUCUCCCCACAAACUUCACAAUUUUAGCGCAUCAUGCAUGGCAUACACUGACAUUAGGCCUUGGGACUAAGAAAUCGAAAGUACUUAUAUUCGUUUUUGAAUCGGAGAAUAUGAAGACGGCGAUGGACGGGCUAUGGCCGCCGGAAAUACCACUCGGAGAAGUGAACAAGAAGCUCAUUAGAGGCACGAUGGGGUGUGAAAUGGCGAGAUUUAAAUUCAGGAAAGGAUGCAUCACAUUCUAUGUUUAUGCAGUCAGAAGAAUUGGGAAUUUAGGGUUUUCAUGCGCAGAUGAUCUUCGAACAAUUCUUCAAUCAGUUGUUGAUCUCAAAGAUUUCAUUGACCAUACUACUAUGCUCGCCAUGCCCAACCAGAAAAGCAUUAAUUACUCGGCGCCAGUCGCCAUGGCUCAUUAGGCAUGUUUUCUUCAUCAUUUUCUUCUUUAAUUUUCUCUUUCUUUUUCAAUUCAAGCUGACUGACAAUAUAUUUCCUUUUUCUUUUAUUGGGUAGAGGAUUUUCAAAUUGAUUAUCCGUGGAGUCCUUUUUUCUUUUCUUUUCGUACUCAUGUAUUUGUUAUAAAUAAUUGCAGAUUUUGCUGGUGAA